CAAAAAAAGCAUUUCGUUCUCUAGAAUAUGAAUUCAAGCAAUUCAAGCGAAGACUGGUAUCAGACCGCUAUUAAAAAGUUUAAAAUCAAUGAAAUACCCUAUAAAAAAUUUAGCGGAAAACCAACCCGAAUAGGACGUGGUGGAUUUGGUCUUAUUUAUAAAACAGAAUGCGAUUCCAUAGGAACUGUAGCAAUUAAAGAAAUAACAAUAAGUAUUGAAGACGAUGAAAUUUGUAUUAAAAAUUUUAUUAAUGAGUUAAAAAUUCAUAGUCGUAUUGAACAUGAAAGAAUAAUUCAAUUUUAUGGAAUAAGCCGAAAUAUUGAUGAAGGAUUGUAUUAUCUCGUACUGGAAUAUGCAAACCAAGGAAAUUUACGUGAAUUUUUGAUCAAGAAAAAGAGGUGUGAUAAUUGCUUUGGAUGGGAGGAAAGAGUGCGACUUGCGAUUCAAAUUGUGGAAGGGCUUCGACACCUUCAUGAAAUAUUAAAUGUUGCACACCGUGAUCUGCAUACCAAAAAUAUACUUAUGAACGAUGGAAAUAUUAAAAUAUCAGAUUUUGGAUUGUCUAAGAAUUUAAACAGCACAAUGUCAUCUAAUAAUAAAUUCUUUGGAAUGAUACCAUUUAUUGAUCCGCAAAAAUUAAAUCAUGGAAAAAAAUAUGUAUUGGAUAAAAAAUCUGAUAUUUAUAGUUUAGGAAUGGUAUUAUGGGAAAUUUCAAGUUGUCAAACACCUUUUUAUGGAGAAGAUUUAGCGUGCUUGUCUCUUAAGAUUUGUCAAGGUUUAAAAGAAAAAUCUGUCAAAGGGACUCCAAUGGAAUACAAGCAUAUUUAUACAAGUUGUUGGGAAACAAAACCAAAUUCUAGACCUUUAAUUGAAGAAGUUCUUUCGCGAUUGAGUUCCAUGUCACUUAACCCAGUUUUUGAAGAUGAUGAUAAAGUUUCAACGAUCGUGAUUAAUCUAUUCCAAUAUCCUGAUACAUCAAGGAAUUCCACUUCUGAGUAUUCUAAUAAUAUAUCUUCUCUAACCAUACCUGAUGAUCUAACCUUAUCAACAAAUAACGUAAUCUGCAAAAGAUGUGAUUCAAAAUUUACAGAUCAAAAUUGGUGUUAUGAUUGUGAAGCUCAAAAAUUCCAAGAAGAUUUUCCUAAUUGGACGAGUGAAAACGAAAGUCUCGAUGAACUUAUUCAAUAUUCCCAACUUAGUGCGACAACAAAUGAUACGUAUUUUGAAUGGAUUAAUUUUAAUCGAUUUAAUAAUAUAGAAAAUAUGCAAAGUUUAUAUUAUGAAUUUUAUACCGCAAUUUGGUUAGAUGGAAGUAAAGAAUUAUGGGACAACAAAUCUCAGCAAUGGGCGAGAACAGGACCAGUUAAAAUAAUUUUACGAAGACUUAAAUAUCUAACUAUUAAUAUACUAAAAUUAUAUUUAGAAUUAAAAAAUAUUAUCAUAUGUUGUUAUGGAUUUACUCAAGAUCCAACAACUAAAUCUUAUUAUAUAGUAUUAAAAUACGCAAGCGGUGGAACUUUACAACAAUAUAACAAUAUAUUAAAAAUAAAUUUCCAUUGAGU